UCUAUACCUGAGCCUUACAGCGCCGUCCCUUGUCUAUGACAGUGUUUCACUGUAUUAUUUCACAUCUGAUUCUGAUACUUAUAAAGCAAGAGCUGCAUCCAUUUCCCAUCCCUUUACUCACAUAUCUCAACUUUUCGUCGAAAUCCUCCUACCAGACACCAUGAUGAUGCGAUUGUCUCUUUUGGCUGGCGCUCUUGCCGCCCUCUCCCACACAGCCCACGGCUUGGUCUUCGUCGACAAAAUCAAGCAGACCAUCGGCGAAUGCACAUUUACCUUACUCCACGACGUUCGCGACGAGACAACUGUGGGAUUUGGCCUCCCGACUGACCCCGAAACCGAGGCCUGGACAUUCAACACUACGGGCUACCCUGAUGAUGUCGCUGUCAUCACGGCCGGAGACUCCAACAGGACUCUCUUAUGCUCGGAGGGCAGGACAUGCAAGCUCGAUCCUGAAGGAACCCAGGUAACCUAUCGGGUUGUGAGGGAAAACAACACGGCACCCUUCACGUUCCAAGAAGUUGCCUCUGGACUCUUCGUGUCUCGAACACCGGACUUGGGUCUGGAGUUGACGCCGUCAACGUCAGAUAGGUCCAUCUUCUUCACAUUGGAAGGAAUCCACUAAAAUUAGGAGAUGGACCCGGACGCUGGGAACGCGGAGUCGAUUUGCGCCAAUGUUACACCAAAGCUAGUCAUGACGGUUAUCAAAUAGGAAUUGGAUAUAGUGCUCUGGUUCUGUUUCUUACUUAACUUAAUACUGCCUCGUUGAAAUUUCAUGAUAUACAAUACAAAAUACGAUCUUUUCAAAUCCCAAACACCUAAACCCA